GGAAACCGCACAUCAACUAUCAGCUCCAUCAUGUCGUCACGAAAGGACAUGCGCCGGCCCGAUCUCAGUACGUGCUUCGUCGACCUGCUGGUGCCGCCGCCGUCUCCUAUCCAGCGAACCUUGGAAAUCACCAUCCACGUGUCACGUGCUGACAUGGCGCUCUAGUUGUGCCAUACGCCGAACCGGCAAAGGACAAGUCAGACGGUGACAUGGCGAGCACCAUGGCAAGCACGCUGCCCAUGGCUGCUAUCUUUACUCGAAACAAGAUGAUCGGCUGGGUUGCUGUAGUUUUUGCCAUACAAUCAUGGCUCGCUGAGUCGCCAGAGCAGGCGAAAACGUCCUCAACACCCGCCUACUUCCAGGUUGGCAUGUCUGGUAAGUCUCCAGCUACUCUUCGCUAUUUCUGCCGCCACCUCCAGGCAGUCCCGGAAUGGCUUCCGGGACAGAGGCACCGCCUGCAGCACCUCCCUCUUGAGUAAGUGUUACCAGGGCCAUGAGCGCAUAACUUGCAUUGGAGGUUGAAGUCGUCGAAGAUCAGGCCUGGGAAAACAUGUACAUUAUUCCAUGUAAUCGAUAAUAACAGAAG